CGCUUUCCCAAGCCGCCUCCUGUCGCCAUGCCGAGCCCCCGGAGCAGCCGCGAGCGACGCGCCGGCUGCAGCAGCAGCGGCCGCCCCGAGUUCCUGUCCCUCGUGAGCCAGCGCAGCCCCGUCUCCCCCGACAGCCCGUCACGCCGCAAGGAGUCGGGCAGCUCCGCGGCAGCCUCCAUGCCAGAGGAGGACUGCAUGAAGCUGAACCCUUCCUUCCUGGGCAUCGCCCUCAGCUCCCUGCUGGCCAUUGACCUUUGGGCAUCCAAGCGCCUGGGCGUCUGCGCCGGAGAGGGCUCGACCUGGGGCAGCGCCCGCCCCCUCAUGAAGGUCAUCGAGAUUUCGGGGCACGGCAUCCCCUGGCUGCUUGGUACCUUCUACGGGCUCUGCCAAAGCGACAGUUCAGCAGCCAGAGAGGUGCUGCUCAACUUGCUCUUCGCAUUGCUGCUGGAUCUCGUGAUGGUGGCAGCGGUGAAAGGGAUUGUCAAGCGGCCACGGCCCACCCACAACAAGAUGGACAUGUUUGUCACCAUCUCAGUGGACAAGUACUCCUUCCCAUCGGGCCAUGCCACCAGAGCUGCCCUGGUCUGCCGCUUCGUUCUGCGCCACCUGGUACUAGCCGUCCCACUGCGGGUCCUCAUGGUGCUCUGGGUUCUCAUUGUCAGCAUUUCAAGAGUCAUGCUGGGCAGGCACAACAUGACAGACGUGCUCUUUGGUCUGCUGCUGGGCUACAUGCUGUACAGUGUGGUGGAGUACUGCUGGUUGUCCCCGCUCAGUGCGCCUGCCCUCUUUGCACUCUGGAGCCAUUGAUGACUGGGUCCCUCCCAAAGGAAGAGACAUGCACCUGGUUUUCUAAGCAUGCACAUGGAGGGGAUAUUGGGACUUAAGCUCAUACAUUGGACCCCAUCUAUCCCACCAAGACUUCAACACUAGCGGCGCUGCAGGCUCCUGGGCCUGCACUUUGGUGCCGUCUUGCCCUGUUGGGCAGGGUGUCUACAGGCAAAGCAUCUGCACUGACUGCUGUCCCAUUAAAAGAAACAAGCAGUCCCUGCAGAGCCUAGGAAGGGGUCAGCACAUUCAUGUGGCAGCUCACAACUGGUACUGUGAAUCUGCAUGCUGUUGCUGGGCACCUGCUGCAUUAGCCCAUGAUGUAUGUGGUAGUUGUGGCUUCUCUGAAAAUACACUGAUCAUGUUACAAUUA